GAGUGCAAAAUCCACAGCGGCACAUGAGCGAUGACACGCGGAGCGCAAAACCUGAGGAGAUAUAAAUGCGCGCGGACCGUCACGCUACGGGACAGUCCUUUCACUCACCGCCAGCGAUAUGCCACGAACUAGAGAUUUUUGGUUUUCGAUUGUUGGUUAAGGAAGGGUCAUCUAAACUCCAGAGUUGGGUCUAGUGGGCACAAUGAGUAAGAUCAGUCCUUUCAGUAAUCUUGCCAAGUUUAUCUCAAAGUCGCCUGAUAAUGGGCCAGUCAGCGGGGAGCAGCUCUGCAUGGAAGACUGCAGACCUCUGUGCCGCUGCGGGUCGGGCUCGUGCGUUUGUCCGUUCUCGCCAAAUAAUAAAGAUGGAACCAAGGAACAUAAGGAAAAUGGAAGUCCACCGGAAGUCCACUCUGAAAAACAGGCUUUUGAUAAUCUUGCCUAUGAACCAGAUGGUCACAAUGGACUGAAGCGCAAUUUGGGCCACCAAUUAGCAGUCAAGGAAAGCGAGGUGAAGAUCCGGGUGCAGGGAAUGACCUGUCAAUCAUGUGUCCGAUCUAUUGAAGAGCGGAUUGGAAGUCUUGAAGGUGUUGUUGGCGUCCAGGUGUCUCUGAGUGAUAAAGAAGCCUCUUUGAAAUUUAACCCUGUAAUGGUAACACCAGAGGUUUUGAGAAAACAUAUCGAGGAUAUGGGGUUUAAUGCUUCACUUCUGGCCUUACAGAGUCAACUGCAUACUUCGGUGGCUGACUGGUCUGACGUAACGUUAGGCGUAGAAGGGAUGCAUUGCGGGUCAUGUGUGAAGAACAUAACAGAAACCUUGUCGGGAAUGGUAGGUGUCAACUCCGUAUUCGUUUCAUUGGAAAAAGGAAGUGUGGACCUUAGAUUCGACCCAUCGCUGCUUACCCUGGAGACAGUUAAAGGACUCUUAGAGGAGAUUCCACCAGGGAAUUUUAUGGUUUCCAUUCCUGGUUGGAAUUCUACAUUGAAUUCCGCCAGUAUUCCACCACAGACUGUCACCAUCGGAAUAGAAGGAAUGACAUGCAACUCGUGUGUUCAAGCCAUAGAGGAAAUGGUGUCCCAGAGAGCCGGAGUAUGUGCCAUAAAGGUUAACUUACAGGAAAAGAAGGGAAUUGUAACAUUUGACUCCAACUUGACUAGUCCAGAGGAACUGCGGGCGGCAAUUGAGGACAUGGGAUUUGAAGCGUGGCUGGAUCAAGAUUCUGGAGUUUAUGAUGUUUCAUCAAGCAGUCAAAUGUCAAGUGAUCUGAAACAAAGCCACACAUCCAAAUCUUCAGCUAUCGAAAUCACCAAAGACAACCCCUGUGACUCAGAGGACAGAGAGAGACGCAAAUGUUUCGUUCAUGUGACAGGGAUGACCUGUGCAUCCUGUGUGGCCAACAUUGAGAAAAAUCUGUUGAAACACAAAGGUAUUAAAUCAGUAUUCGUCGCUCUGAUGGCGGGUAAGGCAGAGGUGAAGUAUGAUCCAGGACUUUUGGACCCAGCACAGAUCGUCCAGCUCAUCUCUCGCUUGGGGUUCGGAGCCUCAGUGAUGGAAGAGAAUGCAAUCCAGGACGGUGUCUUAGAUCUUUCUGUCACCGGUAUGACAUGUGCUUCCUGUGUCCAUAACAUCGAAAGCAAACUUAUGAGGACAAAAGGAAUAUUGGAAGCCUCUGUUGCUUUGGCGACAAACAAAGCUCAUGUGAAGUUUGACCCUGAUUUGAUUGGCUCUAGAGAUAUUGUCCGAAUUAUUGAGGGUUUGGGUUUUGGUGUGUCUUUAAUAAAAAAUGAAGGAUUAAACAACACACUGGACCACCAAGAGGAAAUUCGGCAAUGGAAGCAUUCGUUUCUGUUCAGCCUGGUGUUUGGGAUCCCAGUGAUGGGUCUGAUGAUCUACAUGAUGGUGAUGGACAGUCAACACAAGGAACAUGGUGGUUCCAUGCCUGUGGACCAGAACAUCCUACCUGGUCUCUCCAUCAUUAACUUGGCCUUCUUCCUGCUCUGCACACCUGUUCAGUUUAUAGGUGGCCGUUACUUCUACAUACAAGCAUACCGUUCGCUAAGACAUGGUGUAGCCAACAUGGAUGUGCUCAUAGUCUUGGCGACCACCAUUGCAUACGUGUAUUCAUUCAUAGUGCUGAUCGUAGCCAUGAUUGAAGGAGCCAAACAGAGUCCCCUGACGUUUUUUGACACUCCUCCGAUGCUUUUUGUGUUCAUCGCUCUAGGACGCUGGCUGGAGCACGUUGCUAAGAGUAAAACAUCUGAGGCUCUGGCUAAACUGAUGUCACUUCAGGCCACAGAUGCCACUAUAGUGUCCCUGGGCAGAGACAACACCAUCAUCAGAGAAGAGCAGGUUUCUGUGGAGCUGGUGCAGAGAGGCGACAUUGUAAAGGUGGCACCAGGGGGAAGGUUCCCUGUUGACGGGAAGGUCACUGAAGGCACGUCUAUGGCAGAUGAGUCCCUUAUCACUGGGGAGCCGAUGCCGGUCAUUAAGAAACCAGGCAGUUGUGUGAUUGCAGGCUCUAUUAACGCUCAUGGAGCUCUGCUAGUGGAAGCCACACAUGUAGGAGCAGAGACCACGCUCAGCCAGAUAGUCAAACUAGUGGAAGAGGCCCAGACGUCAAAGGCACCGAUUCAACAGUUAGCUGACAAACUGAGUGGCUAUUUCGUUCCGUUCAUAGUGGUGAUCUCCGUGCUGACAGUGGUCGCAUGGCUCAUCAUUGGCUUUCUGGACUUUGAAGUUGUGGCAAAGUAUUUCCCUGGUUACAACCAAAACAUCCCCCGAACAGAGGUGAUCGUUCGCUUUGCGUUCCAGGCCUCCAUCACGGUUCUGUCCAUCGCGUGCCCCUGCUCUCUGGGUCUGGCGACCCCCACUGCUGUUAUGGUGGGAACAGGGGUGGGCGCUCAGAAUGGCAUUCUCAUAAAGGGAGGAGAACCUCUGGAGAUGGCCCACAAGGUUGGGGCUGUUAUGUUUGAUAAGACUGGCACCAUCACUAAUGGUGUGCCGCAGGUGACCAGAGUACUGGUCCUGUGGGACCGAGCAAGGCUUCCUCUUCGGAAGAUUCUGGCUGUGGUAGGCACCGCUGAGGCCAGCAGUGAACACCCGCUGGGCAUGGCUGUGGCCAAGCAUUGCAAAGAGGAGUUGGGAACAGAAACUCUAGGCUACUGCCAUGACUUCCAGGCUGUUCCUGGCUGUGGAAUCAGCUGUAAAGUCUCCAACAUUGAGGAUCUGCUGCAGAACAGCCCAAAGACACAAAAAACUAACACAUACCAUGCAAAGCAAACACCACUUCGUGUCACUCUCCAAGGAGCCACCACAGAUGAGAGCAACCUGGUGGCAGACACAGACACACAUUCAGGGUCAGAGAGACCUUCAUACUCUGUUUUGAUCGGGAACAGACAGUGGAUGAUGAGGAACGGUCUGGAGGUCACAGCUGAUGUGGAUGAUGCCAUGAGCAGCCAUGAGACUAAAGGACAGACGGCCAUACUUGUGGCCAUCGAUGGUGUGCUGUGUGCUAUGUUAGCUGUGGCAGACACAGUGAAGGCAGAGUCGGCUCUAGCUGUUCACACCCUGAGCAGUAUGGGAAUAGAGGUCUUCAUGAUCACUGGAGACAACAGACGCACAGCCCGGGCCAUCGCUACACAGGUUGGCAUCAGGAAGGUGUUUGCGGAAGUCUUGCCCUCCCAUAAAGUGGCUAAAGUCCAGGAAUUGCAGGAACGAGGUCUGAAAGUUGCAAUGGUGGGCGAUGGGGUCAAUGAUUCGCCUGCUCUUGCCCAUGCUGAUCUGGGCAUUGCCAUAGGAACUGGUACAGAUGUAGCCAUUGAAGCAGCAGAUAUUGUCCUUAUACGGAAUGAUUUGCUGGAUGUGGUGGCCAGUAUUGAGUUGUCUAAAAAGACAGUGCAGAGAAUCCGGAUGAACUUUGUGUUUGCUCUCAUUUACAACUUGCUUGGCAUCCCUAUUGCAGCAGGUGUGUUCAUGCCGGUUGGGCUGGUUCUGCAGCCAUGGAUGGGCUCUGCUGCGAUGGCAGCUUCAUCUGUCUCAGUUGUGCUCUCCUCUCUACUGCUGCGACUCUACAAAAAGAAGUCAGCAGAAGAGUACGAGUCCACAGCUCAGAAUCAUAGGCUCAGUCUGAGUCCGUCUCAGGUCAGCACCCAUGUAGGGCUGGAAAACCGUCGCUGUAGCCCUCUCUCAUUCCGCCGGAGCUUGGACCGACACAGGUGGAGCCACUCAGGCUCCUCCUCCCUGAAAUCAAACUCCUCCCACCCCUCCACAACACAACCAUACAGCACCUCAGGAAGGAACAUUGUGUAAGCAACCACCCAUGAGCAGACUUGAUGACAGUUGACUGGAAAUAUUUGAUCAUGGAACGACGACAGUUUUAUAAGUGUUCAAUUUUUAUAUAAUUUUACAGCGAUAGAUUUUAUCAAGAAUUUUGCAUGAUGGUGAAAGAUUUCCUGACACAGAUUGAAGAAGGAGGUUCGUGUUGAUUCACUGUGAUUUUUGCUAACACCAAUUUUACCCUUUAAAAGUUGUCUGCUGUAUUUUAAUAAGUGUUUAGCAACAUCAACAUUCUUUGUUUAUUGCAUUGGAAGAUGGCAAUGUACAUGAUAAUCAUGCAUGUAAAACCAGUUUAAUUUGGUACUAAAAGCAUCAUGACUUAUUGCUUGUUUUCUUUAAGAGAACCUUAAGAAGAGUCAGUGUCCAAUAAUUAAUGUAGUAAGCCCUUAAUUAUUGAUAGAUAAUAGAAUAGUAUUACUGGAUCAGGUUAUUUGACAUUGGUCUCUUGUGGUUUGGAGAAUGAAUGGAUGGAUGGAUCUCUUUGUACAGUACAAGGUUGAUUUGGCAUUUCUUGGCCAACAGGUGGCAGUAAUGUUAAACAGUUUACAGAUGGAAAGGAAAUGGCUGGAUUGUAUGGAAUGCCACUGGUUAAAGUUUGAUAAGUAGGAUUUGUAGAUAAUAAUUGAUUUGACUUUGAUCCAACAGUAGAUUCAUAGUGGAUUCAUACAAUUAUCUGACAGUUUGCUUCCAGAUUACGUUUAAAAAUAAAAGACGUGUCAGAAUAAAUGUAGAGGCACCUUGACAAUGACACUUUUAUUUUAGAAAAAGUGGAUAUGUUUAUUAAAUAUACAGUUAGCAGUGUAAAACGAGCCUGUCCAUGAGUUUUCAGAUACAAAAUAAAGUGCAUGGUCACAGCAUGGCCUUGUCAUGUGCUAUAUGUAAUUUGUGUUACAUCAUUACAAUAUAGGACCAAUGUAAUCCCAUCCUGUUUCAUUCAUCCAUCAGCAGUACAAUCAAAUGGCUAAAUAUACAGUAAUGCAGCACACAAUCACUCAAGAUGGUCAUCAAAAAUACAAAGUACCUACUAUUUGUAAAAGUGAAAAGUUAAUAUUUAUGUUGCAGUGAUAUUAUGGGGUUACAGUAUGCUUGGGCGAUUUAAAUUUAGCCAGAUUGCUUGGAGUAUUUUGCAUAGCUCCUUAUGUUAAAGAGGUCAUCAUGAGCAAUUAAAUAUUCAUUAUUUUUUAAAUAAUGUUAUUCUUACUAUGGAAAUGUACUGUAACUUUCAGAACUAUUUAAUUAAGGAUAAAAGAGAGAUUGGAAAAUAGUCACAAAUUAAACUUUGGUGCAAAACCUCUACGGAAAAUAAAGUAAAUGAAGUAAAUAUUUACAGAAUUGAUUAUAAAAAAAAAAUUAUAUAAUAAAAUAUACAAUUUAAAUAAUAAUGAUACAACCCCUUUACAAAAAAAGUGACUACUGCAUGCAAAAUGAAAGUGUGUACGCCAUCUAUUUUUGCAUCCAUUAUUUAAUUGUAACCUAAAAAAAAGCAAAAUAAUUUUCCUACCCCCAGUUACAAAACUGAGCUCUACUGCUUUGCAAAGGCUUGAACUACACAUAAAUAUGCAUUAUUCUAGUUAUCAUUCAUUUUAAGUGAUAUACAGAAUAAAUGUAGUUUAUGGCAGACAUUUGGGAUAGUAAAUACUGCACUGCUACUUCUCACAAUACUGUGUUCAUUUGAAAGUUGGUAUUAUUAAUAUAAAGCAUUUCACAGCGGCCUGGUAUAUGAAUAAUGUUUGUAAGUAUGUAAGGCCAAAAACACUAGUUUAAAACCAAUAACCAUCGCAAAUACCUUGUGAAUCCAAUUUGACCCUGCACAUAUUGCUCUACAGACUGACAUCAGUUUCAUGAGUGUGGCCUUUGUAAAUAUACAUACUGUACUGCUGUAUCAG